AUGGAGGGUAAUCCAAUGUGGUGUUUCCAUCAGAAAAUGAAGAGGUUGGCAGCCACUCUUAGUACUUGGUCCAGAUUGCAAUUUGGUGAUAUAUAUGCCAAAGUUAAAGAAUAUGAAGACAAGACUAGACAUGCAGAGGAAGAGCUAAUCUCUAGUAAUUCUGAAGAGAACAGAACAAAGCUCCAUGCCAUCAAUGCAGAGUAUAUAAAAUACCUGAAACUGGAGGAAUCCAUGCUAAAGCAAAAAACUCAGUUGCAUUGGUUCAAAGAGGGUGAUGUGAAUUCCAAGUAUUUUCAUGCCUUGAUAAGAGGAAGGAGGAGGAAAUUAUACAUCCACAAGAUCCAGAAUGAGGAUGAUAAUUGGGUACAAGGUGAAGAAAACAUAGCCAAAGCUGCAUGUGAUCACUUCCAAGCCAUGUUCACUGGUGAGGAAACACAAAUUCAGGAGCAUACCCUACAAUGUAUUCCCAGGAUGGUCACUGAUGAGCAUAACAGAAACCUGAAAGAUAUCCCUACAAUGGAGGAGUUGAGAACGGUAGUGUUUUUAAUGAAUCCCAAUUCAGCUGCUGGACCUGAUGGAAUGAAUGGCAAGCAUGGAUUCUUUCAUUCCACAAGAGGCCUUAAGCAAGGGGAUCCAUUAUCACCAGCUUUGUUUAUCAUAGGUGUUGAAGUCCUCUCCAGGCUCAUGAACAAUCUUCAUCAACACCCCCAAUAUCAUGGUUUCCUGAUGGCUAAAAAGGGCCUUCAAAUUAAUCAUCUCAGUUUUGCAGUUGACAUCAUCAUAUUCUCAUCUGGAAGAUCUCAUACCUUGAAGCUUAUCAUGGAGACACUACAUACCUAUGAGCAUGCUUCAGGCCAAUUGAUCAACAGAGACAAGAGUAACUUCAUGGUACCCUCAAAUGCCUUCAACUCUACUGUUAGAAGAAUCAAGAAAGUUACAGGCUUCAAGCAAAAGAACAGCCCUAUCACAUAUCUGGGGUGUCCUCUCUACAUUGGUAGACAGAGGAUCAUCUAUUAUUCUGAGCUUAUAGCUAAAGUUGUGGCUAGGAUAGCUGGAUGGCAGGCAAAAUUAAUUAGUUAUGGAGGAAGAGUUACUUUGAUUAAGCAUGUCAUCCAAGCACUUCCUAUUCACUUGUUAUCUGCUAGUUCCCCUCUUGCAACCACUAUCAAGCAAAUUCAAAGCAUCACAGCCAAUUUCUUCUGGGGGUGGAAGAAUGAAAGGAGGAAAUAUCAUUGGUCUUCUUGGAAGAAUCUGAGUUAUCCCUAUGAAGAGGGUGGUAUUGGAGUGAGACUAAUAUCAGAUGUUGCUAAGUCUUUCCAAUACAAACAAUGGUGGAUAUUCAGAACUAAGAAUUCCUUAUGGAGUGAGUUCCUCAAAGCUAAGUACUGUCAGAGGUUAAAUCCUAUAACCAAAAAAUGGCACACAGGGCAGUCUCUGAUAUGGAAGCACCUCAUGAAGAACAAGCACAAUAUUGAGCCUCAUAUCCAAUGGCAGAUACAGUCUGGUUCUUGCCUCUUUUGGUGGGAUAAUUGGUUAGGAGUUGGCCCCUUAGCUAAUUUCAGGUCUGCCAAACUGGUCUCUCAGAAAGCACCUCCCCAGUUUGUGCCUAGCAUCCUGGCAAGUAACAUCAACUAUCAGCCCCACAAACUUGAUCAGGCCUCUUGGAAGCCUAAUAGCAGUGGGGAAUUUAGUUGUUCUUCUACCUGGGAACUUAUCAGGGACAAAAGGAGUAAGACAAGAAUUAACUCUCAAACAUGGCACAAACACAUUCCUUUUAAGUGUUCCUUCCUACUCUGGAGAGCACUUAGAGGGAAACUACCUACUAAUGAAAAACUUAUCAGCUUUGGAGAAGCCCCAGCCCAAUGUUACUAUUGCCAUAGAGCUGGUUUGGAUACCAUGGACCAUAUAUUUGUUUCUGGAAACUUUGCCAGGAAGGUUUGGAGUGUAUUUUCUGAUUCUCUGGGUAUUAGUAAAGAAUACACACCCCUUAGAAACUUGAUGAUGAGGUGGUUGUCUAGUAAUUACAGUAAUGAGGUCCAUAAACUUAUCCUACAAGCAACUCCAAUCUUCAUAUGUUGGAACCUAUGGAAAAAUAGAUGUGCCAUCAAAUAUGGAGGGAAGCAGUCCAAUAUUACAAGAGUGAUCUACUCAGUCUUCAAGGAUAACUUCAACCUUCUAAGCACUACCUACUCCUAUAUCAGCUGGCCAAAUAGAUGGAAGGAACUGGUCCUUCUUGUGGAAAAAUGUACUAAUGAAGUUAAUGUUAGUACUGUCUACUGGAGGAAACCUUCAGCUCACAUGGUGAAGCUGAACACUGAUGGUAGUGCACUUCACAACCCUGGAAAAAUAGGAGGGGGAGGAUUGCUAAGGAACAAUCAAGGAGAUCUUCUCUUUGCUUUCUCAACCCCUUUUGGAGAAGGUAUAAAUACACAGGCACCAUAUCAUCCAAUUAGUGGAGGGCCAGUCAGGUGUAUACUGGAAAUUUACCACAGCUGUUCCAAGGUUGGACUUGCCUUAGAGACUCAGAAGUCAUACAACACAUGCAUAAACAAGCAAUUCAACAACAACAACAAAGGCCAAGCACUCAGAAUUCCUGCACAUGCCACAACUGCAACAACAAACAAAAGCACCAUGUGCAGGUACCCUAAGGAGCUGAUCAUGAGUAAUGAUCUCCUCCUGAAGAUAGCUUGCAACAACAUACAACUGAACAAUUCCACUAGCUGGCUACAGGCACAUAAGAUACCUUCAAAGGAGCUUCUCAUCUCUCCAUUGGAGGCAACAAGAAGCAGCCUACAGGUACCCCCCGGAUCAGUAGACAACACUGGAACCAUCCAACAAGCUGUUCAAAUGGAUAGGUCGAGAGCUAAAACUAUUGAUAGAGAAGGGAAGGCAUUCUCCAAAGCAACUGUUGAUAGCCCAACUAAGGAUAGAGGUAGAGCCAGGGAUAGAGUCCGUGCCCAUUGA